GCCAGUAAUAAUUGCUUGUCUGAAAGUGAAAUUCUCUUCUCAACCUGCCUUUCUUAUUCUCCACCUCUCUUCCCCGUAACUAUUUCCGGGAUUCCUCUGUCAGGACUGUUGCAUCGAGUGGAUGCCGAGCGUCUUCUCGGUGGCCAUGCCUCUGCCAGUCCGAACACCUAUCUCGUCCGUGUCAGCGACUCUCAUCCAGGCUACCUUAUCUCACACAAGAGCCCUCUUGCCUGUAGACACUUUCGUGUUGGUCUUCACUUUAAUUCGUCUGAAUUAGCUUCAUUUUCAGCGUCAACUCUCACGGAACGGUCUUCCCUGCCAUCUUCCACAACUUCUAAGGCUAACAACAAUGUUAGGGCUGCCAAACCACUGAUUCACAAGAUGGAGCCGGCUUAUAAGCACUCUUUACCCGCCUACGUCUUGCUUAGCGACUCGACCGGACCGUUCUUUGACAGUCUUGCAGACCUCAUCGAAUAUUAUCAGGUAAACCGCUUGCGGAUCUACAACCUGGACACGGCCCAACAGCCAUUUAUUCAUUAA